AUGCGUUGUAUCUAUUCCGCACCUGCGUUGCCUGAUUCCUGGAAACACACUAGUAUUUUCCAUACCUACGUUCCAUGCAAUAACCAAACAUGUAAACUGGUUAUUGAUGGUGGUAGUACCAUGAACGUCAUCUCCAAGUCUGCUGUUACUCGUCUUAAUCUCAAGCCCGAACCACACCCUCACCCUUUUCACGUAGCUUGGGUUGAUAAAACUAAACUACCGGUCACUGAGCGGUGUCUUGUUUCCCUUAAGCUAGGGACCUGCGAUGAAGACAUUUAUUUGGAUCUACUACCUAUGAAUGUUGCACAUGCAAAAAUAUUACGUUGCGACCAGCCAAUCCUGCGAUUAAACCUACCAAGACUAAUGUUGCCACCUCCUCCCCAUCGCAGACAGGCAAAAGCGUCAGGUCAUCGGUUGGCUCUAUUAUCUUAUGGCGAAUUUGAGAAAGAAAGUCUGGAGACAGGAGUUGUAUUUGCUCUCGUGAUCAAAGAGAUAUCUGCAGCCCCUUCCUAUACGAAAUUUGAACCUCUACAUCAACUCCUCAAUGAAUUCUCCGAUGUCAUGCCUGAUGACCUCCCAGAAGAACUACCGCCCAUGAGAGACAUUCAACAUGCCAUCGACCUUGUACCUGGAUCACAACUUCCGAAUCUUCCUCAUUACUGCAUGAACUCAUCUGAACGUGCUGAACUAAACACGCAAAUUAGAGGUCUGUUGGAUAAAAGAUUAAUUCGCCAUAGCUUGAGCCCAUGUGCUGUCACUACAAGAAAACAUGGACCUGGCAACGAAAUAUUAGACAACGACUAA